AUUCAAUGUUGUGUACUUUGGCCGGUCAGGCUAAGCAAAGCUACUAACGACAACUAAACAACAUCCCAAUCGUUUCAACGACCACACCUGGGUAUAGACGAAUGAAUUCUAGUAAUCUACUAGGUAACUAUACUAGGUAACAGGGUACACAAUUAACAACUUCCGAUCCCGAUUUAGAUGGUCUUGUCUUCCAUGGAAUAAUAUAGAUCUACCUACGAUCAACCACUACCACUACUACCAUUACCACCACCACCCCGCCGAGAACAAUCCAUUAUAUUACCGAACCAUUCACUCUACGGGUUGGAGCUGUCGGCAAAAUGAGGCUGGAUGUAAAGCGACAACUCUUUGCGCGCAGCGAGCGUGUUAAGGGCAUCGACUGCCAUCCUCAAGAACCAUGGAUCCUAACGACAUUAUACAGCGGCCAUGUCUACAUUUGGUCGUACGAAACACAACAAAUCGUCAAGACCUUCGAACUUACCGAUGUCCCUGUCCGAGCCGGGCGAUUCGUCGCGAGGAAGAACUGGAUCGUCUGCGGUUCCGACGACUUCCAGCUCAGAGUAUAUAACUAUAACACUUCAGAGAAGAUUGCCUCGUUCGAAGCGCAUCCCGACUACAUACGUGCCAUCGCCGUUCACCCUACGCAACCUUUCGUCCUGACCGCUUCCGAUGACAUGACUAUCAAGCUAUGGGAUUGGGAAAAAGGAUGGAAGUGCGUGCAGAUAUUCGAGGGUCACAGCCAUUACGUUAUGGGACUAGCCAUCAAUCCCAAAGACACCAACACAUUCGCCUCCGCCUGUCUGGAUAGAACCGUUAAGAUCUGGAGCUUGGGAUCAUCUACCGCCAACUUUACGCUCGAGGCUCACGAGACGAAGGGUGUGAACCAUGUCGAUUACUACCCGCACUCUGACAAGCCCUACCUUCUCACGACGUCGGAUGACAGGACCGUCAAGGUUUGGGACUACACUACCAAGAGUCUCAUCGCAAGCCUCGAGGGCCACACGAACAACGUGUCCUUCGCCUGUUACCACCCUGAGCUACCUGUCAUCAUCUCUGGUUCUGAGGAUGGUACUAUCAGGAUAUGGCAUGCCAAUACCUACCGUUUUGAGCAGUCUUUGAACUAUGGGCUAGAGCGUGCUUGGUGUAUUUCCUAUCAACGUGGCAAGCAAGGCGUAGCUGUCGGUUUCGACGAUGGUGCGGUCGUGGUCAAACUGGGACGAGAAGAGCCAGCUGUGUCUAUGGAUAGCUCUGGUAAAUUGAUCUGGGCUAGACAUAACGAAGUAGUAUCCUCUAUAAUAAAGGGUGGCGAUGCUUCGAUUAAGGACAACGAAGCGAUCACACUUCCAACAAAAGAGCUUGGUACUUGCGAAGUUUAUCCGCAAACACUCAUCCACUCUCCCAACGGUCGUUUUGUCGCAGUCUGUGGCGACGGAGAGUACAUCAUCUACACAGCUCUCGCGUGGCGCAACAAGGCGUUCGGAUCCGCGCUAGACUUCGUAUGGGCUUCCAAGGACAAUAGCAACGAUUUCGCUAUUCGCGAGUCGGCGACAAGCGUUAAGGUGUACAAAAACUUUGUUGAAAAAUCUGGCGGCCUAGAUAUCCCUUUCCAGGCCGAUGGCUUGACGGGUGGCGUAUUGCUUGGCGUAAAAGGUCAAGGAGGCGUCUCUUUCUACGACUGGGCCACUGGUGGUUUAGUCAGACGGAUCGAAGUCGAACCUAAACAGGUCUAUUGGUCAGACAGCGGUGAGCUUGUUACGUUGGCGUGCGAGGAUACUUUCUACGUUUUGAGAUUUUCUCGCGAAAGCUACAUCGAAGCUGCCCAGUCUGGUCAAAUCGACGAAGAUGGAGUCGAGGCCGCUUUUGAGGUUAUUACCGAUAUUGCUGAGAGCGUACGAACGGGCCAGUGGGUUGGCGAUUGUUUUAUCUAUACAAAUAGCACAAACCGACUUAACUACCUGGUCGGCGAUCAAAUCUAUACUAUCUCACAUUUCGACCAGCCAACGUAUAUCCUCGGUUAUAUCCAAAGGGAUUCCCGAAUAUACCUCGCAGACAAGGAUGUCAACGUCACGAGUUUUGCCCUCUCUCUUCCCGUAUUGGAAUACCAAACGCUUGUCCUCCGCGGCGAUAUGGAGACGGCUGCCGAACUACUCCCUAGCAUCCCCGCCGAUCAGCUCAACAAGAUUGCCAGGUUCCUCGAGGGCCAAGGUCAUAAGGAGUUGGCGCUCGAAGUUGCCACUGACCCAGAGCACAAGUUCGACUUAUCAUUAUCCCUAAACCAACUCGACAUCGCUCUAGGCCUCGCGCGGGAAGCUGAUAGUGACCACAAGUGGAAGACGGUGGGCGACGCAGCUCUUUCGGGGUGGGAUGUUCCGCUCGCAACCGAGUGCUUUACCCACGCGCGGGACUUGGGAUCGCUUCUCCUAAUCUACUCGAGCACGUCCGACCAGGCUGGAUUGGAGGCACUUGCGAAACAGGCGGAAGAAUCCGGUGCACACAACGUCGCGUUCACCGCCAAAUGGCUACUCGGCGAUACGCCCGGCUGCGUGGAAGUUCUCACCAAGACAAGCAGAUUAGCCGAGGCAGUCUUGUUCUCGCAAACGUACAAGCCCAGCCUCACAGUCGAUGCUACGAAGGCGUGGAAAGAAAACUUGGAGAAGAAUAAGAAGGGCCGCGUCGCAAAAAUGAUCGGUGUUCCGGUAGAAGACGAUGGGCUAUUCCCAGAAUGGGACGAGUGGUUACGACUUGAGAGCGAGGGCGGUGUGGCUAUCGAAAACGUGAAUGGAGAAGCCGAAGAGGCCGAAGAGGAGGAGGAAGAAGAAGCCGAAUCCGAGUCUGAGGCAGACGAGUAGUAUUCGCCUUGGGUGGUGUCAAGUUAUGUCGAGUCGCCUUAUGCUGAGUGACGAUGAAAUGAGAUGAGCCUUGUCUUACGGCCGUCGUGUAGGUACUGUUAAUGGAGUUAGAGGGACGAAAUCAGCAAAAGUCGAAUAGUUGAGUUAGUCACAUCUAGACACUUCUCCAUAGAUGCGGAGGAAAUGUUGCCGUAGCCGAGUAAUGAAAAGUACCUAGUAGGUUACACACAUAUUUCCUACAACAUAUUUUGGUACCUACUAGGUAGAUACUUACAGUUGUUAGCAAACAUACAUGGAUGCACUGGGCACAGGAUAGCUCAAGUAA